AUGCAAGAGAUGCCAAACUUCGUCCGAGAGUUCAAAUGCAAGCCUGAUCAAAAAUAUUAUGGUUUUACAUCAUGGGAUGAUUUCUUCACCAGAGAGUUUCGUGAUGGCAUUCGUCCAGUAGAAUCUCCGGACGACGAUUCCAUUGUUGCGAAUGCUUGUGAGUCGGCGCCAUAUCAGAUCUCUACCGCCGUGAAAAAGAGGGACUUCUUCUGGAUAAAGCACCAACGGUACUCAUUGGACUUCAUCCUGAACAUGAGUGACCUUGGCAAGCAAUUUCAUGGUGGAACCGUCUACCAAGCAUUCCUAAGUGCCACCAGUUAUCACCGAUGGCACAGUCCUGUGUCGGGCACCAUUUACAAGACAGAACUCGUGGAUGGUUCUUAUUAUUCUGCAACCCACGACAUCCAGGAUGACCCUGCAUCGCCCAACAUGUCACAAGCAUACCUAGCCCAAGUAGCUUCCAGAGGUAUUAUCUACAUUAAAGCUGACAAUCCCGAUAUUGGCUUGAUGUGCUUCGUAUCAAUCGGUAUGUCAGAGGUGUCUUCCAACGAAAUCACCGUUGAAGAAAAGGAUAAAGUGAAGAAAGGUGACCAGCUCGGCAUGUUUCACUAUGGUGGGUCCACGCAUCUACUGAUAUUUCGCCCUGGAGUAAAUAUCAAGUUCGAUACUAGAGGUCAAACACCCGGUCUGGAUACCAAAAAUAUUCCUGUUAAAUCGAAAAUUGCGACCGUACAUCCAUCAAUCUAA